CGGAUCUGAAACGUCAGAAAGGGUUCAAAAACUAAAAGAGCGGUUUGAAAAACGCCGUUGUAUUUUAAUAUUCUCAUAUUGAUAAGCAAAGAAAUGGAGCCCAUGGCCUUAGGUUCACCCGCGAGUCCUACGUCCGGUACUGGGGUCUAUGCUAAUCAACAACAAAGUGGGGCUCAGUACCUUCCUGGUUUUUUGAUGGGAGAUGUUACAAGCCAAGGUGGAGGUCGGCCAUUUCAAACCAGCCCAAUGAAAAUGAUGAAGGGAUCAUCGACAACAGGCUAUCUUUCCGUUUCUCCUCCCUCUUCAUCAGUACCUACCCCAAAGGCCAAUAGAUUAAUUGGGAAAACAGAUAAACCAGGAGGCCCACCUGUGCAGCGAUUGUUCUCUGCAACAGGUCCUUCUACCCCUUCUACUCCAUCAGACUAUGCUCACCUUCCCUCAACUCCUCAUGCAAACUAUAGUGUGAGUUCUCAAGUUGACCAGUCUGACCAGUUUGAAGAUUCUGAUGCUGGGACAUGGGUUACAGUCUUUGGUUUCCCACCUACCGCUGCAUCCUAUGUUUUAACUCAAACAGGAAUGUGGGGACAUAUUCUAGAGCACCGCAUACCCUCACAGGGAAACUGGAUGCAUUUGAAGUUUGCAAGUCGCCUGCAAGCUAGAAAAGCCCUGGCACGAAAUGGCAGACUUUUGACUGACACUCUAAUGAUUGGAGUAGUACCAUGCACAGAUGGGGCAAUCAUGGAAGAAAGUAGGAAAGAGAAUUUGCAAGCUAUCAGCACACCGUCAAUGAGAGUAACCUCAACACCUCAGCCAGCUGUCUGGGAUCGUAGCAGUUCUUUUGCCUUGGGGACCAGCGCAACGCCCUCGGCUUUGGACCGUAGCAAUCUGAGACCUUUGACUCAAACUUACAAAGGAGCUCAAGCUGAUUAUGAGGUAAACCAGCAAAGAGCGACACCGCAGCAAAAUUCGAGCCUUGUCGCCAAAGCAAUGGAUUUUGUCUUUGGUUGGUAGAAUGGUUGGUGUAUUUACGGAUAAAGGAAUUUGAUACCAUAGGCUCUUCACUGAUAUGUUUUAACGUUUCUGUAUUCCGAUGCAUCAUUUGAUUAAAGAGAGAUUUGUGAA